AUGCAAACUGGAGGCGUUGACUCCACAAGCGACUUGCAGAUAGCCGUGAACGAGUUGCAAAAAGUCAGUAUGUUUUUGGCGACCCAGAAAAUCAUCCGCGACAAACUGAAGGAGGCCCUUACCGAAAUAGAAGGUUUCGAAGAUAUUCUGGCAGAAAUUAUUAACAACAGCGUCAGCAUGUACGAAAAUCGGAUCUACGUUCUCCCAGAAGAGAAACACACACUUGUUAUGGUCGUGGCUUUCUCCCUAUAUCUUUUGGAUUCAUCUAAGCAAGUGGAUGGCAAGCAAAUCGGAGUUACCAUUCCGAAAAUGGCCAAAAAGGAAUGUGAAGUUGUUAACUUGUUUGGCGACAUGAGCGUCGAGCCGUUUAGCUACGUCAAACAAACUCUUUCUUUCGACCCAUCGAAAUGGCCAGAAUGCACCGGAGGCCGUGUUUCCAGCCAAGGCGUUCUUCUCACGCAUAUGCCACGUUUUCAAGUGGAGUACACGUCACUGACGGCUGAUUUAGCCUGGCACACCAAUAUUGCCGUUACUCGAACGAGUGAAAGAUCUGUCGCUGAAAAUCGCGAGCUAUAUGAGCUUGCUCUGCGUGGUUUGCAGUACCUAUCGGGUUGGUCUGUGCAAGUGCUCGACACAUUUACAUGGAAGCUGUCACAUUGCGCUGACGAAUUUACCAACCCAGAUUGUCCUAAAGAUGCAGAAAACUAUGAGCGGGCAACCAGGUACAACUACUCAUCUGAGGAACGCUUUGCUCUGAUCAAGUUAGUGUCGAUGAUCAAGUCUGUAGAAACACAACUUCUAAGACUGGAAACAAAUUACUCUGAAGCGAUCCGACGAUCAGUUUAUCGUGACCUCCACGCUCUCCUUGGUCAUCUUCAUGGACUCCUCGUAAAGGCUCAAAAGAAGAAAGACAAAAUCAAACUCCAGCGUCUCAUCCAUGCUAUCCAGGCCACAUGUGCGGACCAGAGCAUGGACUCUGUGGAGGCCGACCUAAUUAUGACUGGAAGCAGCAGUAGUGGUUCGGGAACUCAGUCAAAGGCUUGGGGACGCGCGAUGUCUUCCAAAAUUUCAACGAGCAGCCUCACCUCUGGUUCCAAUUCAACUCUUGCGAAGGCUGCAGCCUCGAUUGCUUCCAACGGUGGAAACUGCACACCGAAUCAGAUAAUGCGUCGCGUUGGUCCGUCUUCAAGUCAACUUUAUCUGCUCAGAACAAUGUUAGAACUUAUGGUUGACCAAUCUUCACCUUCUAAGCAUUCGCUUCGCAAAGAAAUUGAUAGCACUACCCUGUCGUUGAUCGAAAACUUCCUCAAACACAGCUUCUAUUGGCCGUAUCUCCUCAACUUCAGUCUUGUAGGAUGUACUCUUGCCAGUUUAUAG